AGAAUAAGUAAAUAUAACCUAAACCCUAGAAAGAAAGAACCUAACCUCAAAAACAACUAAAGAUAGGACUAUUAUCUUCAGUUUUUACUGUGAUUUAUAAUAAAACGUUUGAAAAUAUUAGUAUAUAUAAACUGGAUGAAAUAUCAAUAACCGGAGAAUGGAUGACCUAAUUAGUUUUGACGAAACAUUAUCAGAUGAUGAAGUUGUAACUGCAGCAGGUGUUCUCAAAUCUCUCGAAGAAGCAUGGUUAAACGAGAAACUCAGCCCAGAAAUACUUCCCCAUAAAAUAGAGCAAGUGGAUUGCAUGAUGGAACAAAUUCAUCAUAUGGAAGAGAACCUAAAGAAAUUGGAUAAAAACGAUUUUCGUGUGGGCUUGCACAAAUUAGAACUAGACAGGAUACGAUACCUAAUUACCAGCUACUUGAGAACUCGCAUCGAUAAGAUUGAGACUUACGCUUUGAAAAUACUUGAAGAUGAAAGUACACGUGAUCCGGGUGACCGGUAUCUUUCUCCUAGUGAAUUCUCUUUUGCCAAAGAAUAUGUAACAAAUUUAAAUGGGCAUUUUAAAUCUUUGUUUGUCGGUCUGCCGGAAAGUCUCCAAGAUCUUGACACGAACCAGAUCAUGAUCAACCCGAACCUAGAGAGUCAUGUGUUUGUAAAAGCUAGCUCUAAUGUUCAAGGUGUUAUUGUUGAUGAUGGUGAUAACAGAGAGGAAGAAGUCAGCUUAGAAGACAAGUCACAACAUAUACUACCUUACAAAGCCGUGUCAGAGUAUGUCAAGAAUGGUCAGGUACAAUUGAUUUGACAAUUUGUUUUUGCCUCAAUGUCAGUCAUUUUCAUAGCUUUUAAAUAAAUAUUUCUU